AGAUUGUACACAACACAGUGAGAUUACUUCAAAGUUCAGUAAGAUAAAAGUAAAACUGAUUAAAGCACUCGUUAAAUGCUGCUUAUUGUAAGCUCCGAUAAAUAGAUAUGUGAUUUUCUUGUGUUUCGCUUAGUUUAAGUUAGAAUGGAGCCUGCAUAACAUCUGUUUGUGCAAGGAUAGAGACAGAACCAUAUUUCACCAAUUUUCAAAUUGAAAAACGUGGAAAGAUAAGUCAGAUAAUUUGAAUAAUGCCGUCCCCGUCCAAGCAGAGAUUCAAAAGGCAAUCAUGGUACAGGCGCCUCAUGCACAAGAGAUUGCCCAUUACAAAAUGGCUGCCCGAAUAUAAUUCGGAGAAAGCCCUUGCAGACAUUAUAGCGGGUAUUACAGUGGGACUAACAGUAAUUCCACAGGCUCUGGCUUAUGCGACUCUGGCCGGCUUGCCACCUCAGUAUGGGCUCUAUUCUUCCUUUAUGGGCUGCUUCAUUUACAUUGUAUUCGGAUCCUGUAAAGAUAUUACCUUGGGUCCUACUGCGUUGCUUGCUCUCAUGACCUAUGAACAAAUACAGGGACGAAACUUCGACUAUGCUAUCCUACUAUGUUUCCUUACAGGCAUAGUUCAGUUGAUAAUGGGAAUUUUGCAUUUGGGUGUAUUGAUAGACUUCAUCUCCGUGCCGGUCACGGUCGGUUUCACAUCGGCGACUUCUGUCAUAAUUGCUGUCUCGCAAUUGAAAGGUUUAUUGGGCCUGCAAUUUCAGUCGAGGGGAUUUCUCGAUACGCUCAAAAAGAUUAUCGUGAACGUUCCCAACGCAAAGUUGGCGGACAGCGUCUUGGGAGUAACCUGUAUAAUCAUUUUACUUGUAAUGAGGAAAAUUAAGGACAUAAAUUUGCCCGCGGAUCAAAAGGGGCUUAAAAAGGCAUUAUGGUUGUUCUCAACAUCAAGAAAUGCUAUAGUCGUCCUGAUAUGCUCUGUCAUGGCGUAUGUUUGGGAAGCUAAUUCGAAAUCACCAUUCAAACUGACUGGUACUGUUAAAGAUGGUCUGCCGCCUUGGAGCUUGCCUCCUUUCAGCACAACCGUGGAUGGCAGGAACGUAUCCUUCAUAGAAAUGUGCUCAGAACUCGGUUCCUCCAUCGUUCUUGUGCCUAUCAUUGGUGUGUUGGGAAAUGUUGCCAUUGCCAAGGCAUUUGCAAGCGGUGAAUCAGUAGACGCAACGCAAGAACUAAUAACUCUUUCGUUCGCGAACAUAUUGGGUUCGUUCCUCAGCGCAAUGCCUAUAACUGGCUCAUUUUCAAGAAGCGCUGUUAACCACGCUAGCGGAGUUGCUACACAGUUUGGAAGUCUUUAUACAGGUAUUCUAGUAAUUUUAGCACUAAGUCUGCUCACCCCCUACUUCUACUACAUUCCAAAGGCGUCGCUCGCCGCUGUCAUCAUUUGUGCUGUGAUAUUUAUGAUUGAAUAUGAGGUAGUAAAACCAAUGUGGCGAUCCCGUCGUGCGGACUUAGUGCCCGCAUUUGCAACGUUCGCGCUUUGCCUCGUUGUAGGAGUGGAACUGGGAAUAGUUGCGGGCGUGUUACUGAACGUUGUGCUACUGCUGUAUCCCAGUGCUCGACCGCAGUUGGACGCUGAGAUUGUCACGAACAACUCGGGUAUGAACUAUCUCCUGAUAACAGUGGGCAACAGCCUAUACUUCCCGGGCGUGGAAUAUAUUCGGCAAUAUGUAACGCGGGCUGCUAGCAAGCAAGGCGGGAACAUGCCAGUGGUUAUCGACUGCCGAUACGUACUUGGUGCGGAUUUCACAGCGGCAAAGGGUCUAUGCGCACUGUCGAACGCGCUGUCAUCUCGCGGACAGCCGCUAGUGCUGCUGUCGCCGCGGGCAAGCGUCGCCGCAGUGUUCAGCGGGGCGGGCUCCAGCGUGCUCGUCGUGCUCAACGCGACCGAGCUCGACGUCACUCUGCAAGAAUUAACGGGUCAAAUACCCCUCCCAGUGAUAAAAGACAGUGAAAUGAAGAGAAUUACUCCACCACCCACGUACACAUCGUUAGCAACAGAAGAAUCGCUGGAAGUCGUGAUCUCAGACGAAAGAAAUAACACUCCCUUACUAAGUGCUGUAAAUAGAAAGAAAGUCAGUGAAGUAGAUGAUACAUAGUAAGCUAUAAGUAAAAUAUCAGUCCAGUACCUAUGUAAUGUAGUUUAGAUAGAAACUUAGUUAGUCAAGGCUAUUUAAAAUAAGAACCAAGGUUUGUACGUAGUUUUAAAGUAGGUAGUUAAGUAUGCAGUUAUUAUUUAUGUGUUUUGUGUAAUCUGUUAA